AUUGUCAAAAGCGCUGUCAUUCAGCGGUAGCUUAAAACUAGAACAACAACAAAACGUGGUCGCCAAAAACCGUGUCCCGUUCAUAUCUCUGGAGAAUUAUCUAUUCGUUUUGAAGAAAUCUGUUGAAAAUGUCGAGCGACGAUAGUGAUAGUGAUGUGAAAAUGGAACCAAAACCUUCCACGUCGAAAACAGGUGGCAAGAAAAAGGAUGGCGAAAGAAAACCGAAACGCAAACGUAUACAAGACUACCUGGAUGAAAAGGCAGCCCGUGAAGUAGCAGAACGUGCGGAAGAGAUGCUGCGUUUACGCCGUAAACGAGGCAUAGCGGAUGACGAAGAUGAUCCACAGGAGACAAUAUUCCCUAUGAUUAAUCCGAUAAACUUUGUGAAAAACAAAGAAAUUCGUCACAAGCGUUUCAAGCGACUGCAGACCAUGAAAAGAAAGGAGGAAAAGGAAAACAAGAAGACUCGAAAAUUGGAAGGCAUACCGUCCGCUCCGACCCAUACGCUCGAAACAUUGCGAGAGAAGGAUGCUACGAUGGUAACGAGCAUCGAAGCCGAAGAUCAGGAGGAAGUGAUGAACGAUCUGGCAAACGAUGAAUUUUGCGAAUACUACAAGAAGAGUUAUAAACCGAGGGUUAUGAUAACGUUUAAUGCAACGCCGCACAAUGCAACGCGCGAGUUCGCUUCCCUGUUGCGCCGAAUAAUCCCGAAUACGUCCACAUUCCGACGUAACAAAACGCAACUGAAGCGGGUGUGCCAAAGCGCGAUACGCGAAAACUUUACGGACAUUUUGGUAGUGAAUGAGAACAAAAAGAAGCCCGAAGGUUUGCUGCUAAUUCACCUUCCGGAAGGCCCAACGGCACAUUUCAAAAUAAGUAACUUCAAGGGUAUGAAGGAUUUGAAACGUAAAGAUACGGACAUUACGUUACACCGACCCGAGGUGAUUUUGAAUAAUUUCACCACUCGCCUUGGAUUAACGAUCGGUCGCAUGCUGGGUGCUUUGUUUCACUACGAUCCUGAGUUUCGUGGGCGGCGUGCCGUAACAUUUCAUAAUCAACGAGAUUACAUUUUCUUCCGACAUCAUCUGUACGAAUUCGAUAAGAAUGGAAAACGUGUAAAGCUGCGAGAAUUGGGGCCACGAUUCACACUCAAACUGCGAUCCCUGCAGGUGGGAUUGUUUGAUGGCAAAUGUGGCGAUUACGAAUGGAUGAUUACUAACAAACGGCACCAGCUGGAAGGCCGGCGAAGAUUUUUCCUGUAAAAUAAAGUAUUUCGCAUGCGUUGGAUCGAAAUCGAGCAA